GACGUAUCGAACAGCGACAGCGAGAGCGACAGAGAACGAGAAUCAGAUUUUACAGUACAAUGUUCAGGCUCGCUCGAUCAUCGCUGGCCUCUGCCGCCAAGGCCCCCCAGCCCGGUUUCCUCCAGAAGAGGAACCUCUCCAUUCACGAGUACUUGUCGGCCGAUCUCCUUAGAGAGUACGGUGUCGGUGUUCCCAAGGGUGGAGUCGCAAAGACGGCUGCUGAGGCUGAGGCCAUUGCGAAGCAAUUGAACACAGAGGAUAUGGUCAUCAAGGCCCAGGUUCUUGCUGGUGGUCGUGGAAAGGGUACCUUCGACAACGGUUUGAAGGGCGGUGUUAGAACCAUCUUCUCUCCUCAUGAGGCCAAGAUGUUCGCCGAGCAGAUGUUGGGUCACAAGCUCGUCACCAAGCAGACCGGUGCUGGUGGUAGGUUGUGUAACGCUGUUUACAUUUGUGAGCGCAAGUUUGCUCGUCGUGAGUACUACCUUGCCAUUCUCAUGGACCGUGUCAGCCAGGGACCUGUUAUUGUUGCUUCGUCUCAGGGUGGUGUUGAUAUCGAGACUGUUGCUGCUGAGAACCCUGAUGCUAUCAUCAGGCAGCCCGUUGACAUCAACACUGGUGUCACCCCGGAGUUGGCCAAGGGGCUCGCGAAGAAGAUGGGUUUCACCCCCGCGUGUAUCGAUGAGGCGGCAGACACUAUUUCUAAGCUUUACAAGGUCUUCAUUGAGAAGGACGCUACCCAGAUCGAGAUCAACCCGCUCUCUGAGACUCACGAACACGAGGUUUUGGCCAUGGACGCCAAGUUCGGAUUCGAUGACAAUGCCGAAUUUAGACAGAAGGAGGUGUUCGAGAAGCGUGACACUACUCAGGAGGAUGCCGAUGAGGUUAAGGCCGCUGAGUUCGGUCUCAACUUCAUUAAGCUUGAUGGUAAUAUUGGAUGUUUGGUCAACGGUGCUGGUUUGGCCAUGGCUACCAUGGACAUUAUCCAGCUCUACGGUGGAUCCCCAGCCAACUUCCUCGAUGUCGGUGGUUCCGCCACUCCCAAGGCUAUCGAGGAGGCUUUCGGUUUGAUUACCAAGGAUCCUAAGGUGACCGCCAUCUUCGUCAACAUCUUCGGUGGUAUCGUCCGUUGCGACAACAUUGCACAGGGUCUCAUCCAGACUGUCCAAAACAUGAACCUCCAGAUCCCCGUUAUUGCUCGUCUGCAAGGUACCAACAUGAGAGAAGCCCAGGAACUCUUGUCCAAGUCCGGUUUGAAGAUUUUCGCUAUUGACUCCCUCGACGAGGCGGCCGAGCGCGUUACGGACUUCAGCAAGAUUGUGUCGAUGGCGAGGAAGUCGGAUGUCAACAUCUCUUUCGAGCUUCCCAUCUAA